AUGAGACUCCGUGACAAUCGCCUCUCCACUGGGCCCCUAGCUUUGAUUGUGGUAUGGGUUCUCCGGUCCUCAGCGACACCCACAGCCCCUGGCCCAAGACUGAGGGCAAGUCGGACAACGGAACCAUGUGCCGCAGCUGCGCUAGAUUACCUUGACUCUAUCGUACCUUAUCUUGACUGGCAGACCGAUCCGACUUACAAGGCAAACCCACCACCAGACUACUUUUUUCCUCCUCAUGAUUACUAUGCGGCAAUGGAAAAAGUGCGGCAAAAGGUUGCCACAGGACAGUAUGCCAGCGAGUAUGCUUUCCAGGACGACUUCUACAAGAGCGUGUUUGGCCCUGCUCAUGACUCUCACAUGGUUGUAUACCCAGAUGCCCUAAGCCGGGCUUUUCAGUGGCAACGACAGCGCUCUCUGGUAUCCAUCAGCGAGGAUGGUAUGUCGUUACCGGUGAUCAAGGUGUACGAGGAUGUAAUCGCAUCACCGUCGACUGCUCCUAUAGUCACAAAGAUAAACGACCAGGACCCGAUCAAGUACCUCGAGGACACCAUCUACCAAGUGACGUGGGCCCGUGACCCAGACUCUGCUUACAAUAGCAUGUUUUAUUCGGCUGCUUACUCUGCAGCCGGUCUCAGCUCAGGAUACUUUGCAGGCGGUGGUCGGCUUCGAUACGUUUACCAAGGCCCGCAGACUUCGCUCACAUUUGACAACGGAACGAAAGUGACCUUUGAAAAUCAGGCGUUGGUCAAGGGCAACAUGACGGGAGUAGUCGAUGGUCCCAGUUUUUACGAAAAGUUCUGCACCCCACGGGCAACCGACGACUCGUCCGCCGAAACCCAGCUUGUGAGUGACGAUUCACAAGCCCCUAGUGCCGACCAGCCAGUAAGCAGCGAUUACCCUAAGCCUGUACGGGCCUCCGCCGAUGGGGUGAUCUCUGGGUAUUAUCUUGAAGGCCAGGGUCUUGAUGAUGUUGCCGUGCUAUCAGUGCUCAACUUUGAUCCCGCCAAAUCAACAGAGUUCCAAUCUGUGAUGGACGACUUUUUCAAGAGCGCAAAGGCAGCCGGGAAAACGAAGCUCAUCCUUGAUUUGCAGGCCAACGCCGGCGGCUUCGCCAUCCUGGGCUACGAGGUAUUUGGCCAGCUCUUCCCGCAGCAGAAGCCACAGGACAACGGCCGCUGGCGAAAGAAUCCAGGCUUCGACGCCAUUGCACGCUCCUACUCUGAGGCCGUCGCAGGAGUGGACCUGGCGACCACCCCCAGCGACGACAUUGUCGUGGCUGCGGAGACGUGGUUCAACUGGAGGCAUGACCUCAACACAUCCAACUUGAACUUCCAAUCUUUUGAGGAUAAGUUUGCGCCUCAGAUCUUCGCCGACACGCCUUACACGUCUCUGAUGCGGUGGAAUCUUUCAGACCCUCUGGAGGCCAGCAACGCAACGUUUGGCCUCGGCAUCGAGUUCAGUGGCUACGGUACCCGGGCCGACAUGGAGCCGCCCUUUGCGGCGGAGAACAUCGUCAUGCUCCACGACGGCACCUGCAUGUCCACGUGCUCCACGUUAGCCGAGGUCCUGCGUGUCCAGGGCGGCGUCAAGUCUAUCGCCAUCGGCGGCCGGCCCGUCAAGGGUGACAUGCAGGCUAUCGGCGGCGUCUCAGCCCCGCAGGCUAUCGUCUUCUUUGACAUUUAUACCUAUGCACAGCUCGCACUCAAGUUCAAAGUGUCCGACUCGGACCGGGCUGCUCUGGAAAGGUACACACCACUCGCCUUUAACCGCAGCACGGACGGCGUCGUCAAUGGCAAGGACGCCAUUCUCCCCGAGCACAUUGACGACGGUCUGCCGAGCCAGUAUGUCUACCGGGCUGCUGACUGCCGGUUGUUCUACACGCAAGAGAUGAUUAACGAUGUUUCUGCCGUUUGGAGGGCAGCCGCUACGGCGGCUUUCAAUGGUGGCAAAUGCGUGGCAGGCGGCCUGUAG